ACUUUGUAUGUAAAGAAAUCAUUUUUAAUGAUGGAGCCUUGAGUACUACAUGGAGUGCCUGUACUUGAUACCUAAGGAAGAGGUAAGCACGAAUUGCAAAUGAUUUUGGCAUCAAAUUGGAUGUAAAACAAGUAAAUGAUCGCAUCAACAAACGCGAAUUGGAGAACACAAUUGAUGAUGUGGAGAACCGGUACAUCAAGAUCUAAAUCAAUCGAACCCGUACACGUUUGAAAUUGAAGAUUUAAAGGAACUGAUGAGACCAGUCACGCCUUAGAAAAACAGUUCAAAGAACCGGGCUACAAAACCCAAAUUUUUCUAAAUGGGAAGUUUUACAACACAAGUUAAAGAGGUUUUUUUUUUGUUUAUAACUGAUUGAUAGCUUAAAUUAAAUGGACAUCUAAAGUGUGUUUAUAUGACAUAAUAUCGAAGAUCAGUUCAAUAACGCAAACCGCCUGACAAGUUUAUUAAACAUUGAAAAUAAAUAAAAACUAUAUUAAACAUCAAGCAUUUUAGAGCCCACAUUUAUAUGAAUUUUUCGUCUUAGAGUCGGUUUAUGAAUGCCUUCUUUAUAUUAUGACAUACCAUUAAGUAAUACCUUAUAUAUGUUAUGGUAAAUGUAAGUAAUCUAAUGGUUUCAACUACUAAGCUAGGAAAAUGGAAUGUUUUUCCUUGCCACCAAUCCAAUUCAUUCCAAGCCAAUAAAAAGGCUUAAUUUCAUUCAAAUUUAGGAUUUUGCGAUAUUGUUUUGUAGACGCAGAAUAAUCCUUUAAAAUUUGCAACAACUUUCCUAAAUCCUUGAAUUGAAACGUUCUAAGGUAUUGAGCUUUUUUCCACGUCUAGAGACUUGUUAGGCAUCAAUAAUUGGCAAUUUAUUUUAUUGCUAACGGUCGAAAAACAGGAUAAUGGAUGUUUCAAAAUGGAGAAUUCUUUAUAUUUAUUACAACGCCUCAAAUAGAGAUACUCUGAAUUUAAAGUUUUCUUAGGAACUUGUAACAAUUAGAAAGAAAAUUGUACCAAGUCUUUCUAAUCAUCCUACUAAUUGAUUUUCUUAAAUAUUGCAAUUUAAUCUUAGAACCUAGGUCAGUAAGAAUGGUAAUAAAUAGUUUUAUUGCAAAACGGGUUGAGAACAAUUUAUUUUCAUCGAUAGAAAAACAACGACACUUGAUAUUUGUGCUACAGCUGAAGUGGUUUGUUAUUAUUAAAUUUGUACUAACAUAACGGAAAAACCAAAUUCUGUUGAUUUUCUAAUGUCUAUUCAAUUUGGUAUAAUGUGGUGUAGCAAUUAAGAAUGACAGGGAUGGGGAAGGAAAAGACAAUUUUUAAAAUGUUGACCUAUGCGCUAAAUUGGAACUUGGGACUGUGUCAAAAAAAGUUGAUCUUGUAUGAAGCUACAGACAUUUACGGAAUCGCUCUAAUAUGCAUAGGAGCAUUGGCAUCGGUUAUUUCAAUAAUACUUUAUGUCGACACUCUAAUUACUGUAAUUCAUAGUGCUUCUUCUAAAGAGAAAGGAUGCACCGCAUUCAUUUUAUCAGUUUAUCCGGUGACAUGUCUGGUCAGCUACUUUGCAAUAAUAGUUCCAAGAUCUCACUUACUAUGCGAAGCACUCACACAAGGCAUGUUUAUGACUGGCAUGUAUCAGCUUUUCUGUCUUUUUGUUUCGUAUUGCGGAGGCGAUGCACAGCUGGUAAAACAGGUGAAACCUAACGAGUUGUCUAUGAAAGUUGGACCAUGUUGCUGCUGGCCAUGUUGCAGUUUAUUGCCUACAUUGAAAAUGGAAAAAAAAAUUGUAAAGUGCCUAAAGUUACUAGUUCUCCAGCUGCCUGUAGUACAAGGACUCGUUUAUUUUAUAAUAUUAGUCAUGUGGGCAGAAGCAGAAAGCUUGUACGAAAUAAAUUACCUCUAUCUCCAACCGAUAAUUAUAAUAUCGAUUAUAUUCGGAAUAUGGGGAAUGCUGAUGACCAUCAAUCUAUUGAAAACCACAUUGGAUUCAAGUUUUCUUCUUUUCCAUAAAUUUAUCGUACUUCAAAUGGUGCUUGUAUUGGCCAAAAUUCAAGGUAUUAUUGCUAGAAUGCUUGUGUGGUAUGACGUGUUUCCUUGUAAGCCACCAGUGACACCACAGGUCUAUGCUAAUUUGAUUCACAAUACACUUAUGAUCAUGGAAAUGGUGAUAUUGGGUUGCAUUGCCAGAAACUUGUAUAAACGGAAAGUUCCUGAAAUUUGCAAGAAAUCUAUUAACGGAGUAAUAAAUACUGUAUUUUCGGGUAGUCUUCCACAUGUUAACAAUAACAAUAACGAGCAUAAGGAAAGCAUGUGAUUUUUAAUGAAUUAUGUACAUAACUAUUUUGAAAAAUUUCAUUUAUAGCACUGAAUAAAUAAUUGUAUAUUUAA